AUGCUGCUCCUCCACCAGGUCGGCUCCGUCAAGAUUGGCGAGGUCGUGCGCUACACUGUCACCUACACUCCCUCGCAUGACCGCAUCUUGCCGUCACCUUCGAUCCUGCACCUGCGCAUCCGCAACACCUCUGCCAUAGCCCUGCGCGCCGCCUUUGUCCACGGGCCCUACAGCCUCGACGUCGCCGCCUACCCGGCCAAUUUCGACCCAAACGUCAAGUUCGAGAACCCGCAAAAGUAUGGCGUGCCCGAGUUCGAACCCAUGCUCAAGGCCGGCGGGUCAUGGCAGUGCGAGCUGGUCGUGCCCGAGGACAUACGGGAGAGCGCCGGUCUGGGGGCGUCAAGGGGUCAUUUUGGCAGCGGCAAGGAGUGGGAGGAUUGCAGCAGCGUCACUUGGGUGAUCGAGGUCGCGAGCCAGGUUAUCUUUUCCAGUUCCGCCGCCGUCGGCUACGAGGUCCUGCUCGCACGCGAUGAGAAGAGUCUGCACCUGGGAAGCAGCACCCCCGUGCUCGGCGGCAACCAGGCCCAGGUGCCCCAGCCCGGUCGCGUGAGCGAUUUCCAACAAAGCGUUGGCGCCAAAGACGGGCACCACCCGGCACAGAUGAAGGGGGUCUUCUCACGCGCCGUGACGCUUAAAGUAGAGGAUACUGCCAGCCUGUGGAAUACGCCAGGACUGCCGGGAUGGGACGAAUGGACCCAUGGCCACCUGCACAAGAACUAUGGCAUGGGUCACGACGUAGCGACUGAGGCUGUAGGCCCCCCAAAAAAUGCAAGCGAGGACCAAGUGAAGCAAGCCAAAGAUGAGGACGACGUUACCAGGCGCAAAAAGAAGCCCAAGAAGGUCCACCUCGUGGUCGUGACCCAUGGGCUCCACAGCAAUCUGGGUGCCGACAUGUUGUAUUUGAAGGAGAGCAUCGAUGCCACGGCUAAACAGGCCAAAAUUGACGCAAGGGAACGGAGGCGGAAAGAAAAGGCAGAGCGAGAGGCAAAGCGCAAGGAGAACCAAGCCCAAAAUGCCGACGACACUGCCGGGGGCGAUGAGGACUUGAAACCGGAAAUCUCACGUGAAGAAGAAGAAGAAUAUGACGAUGAAGAGGUGGUAGUCAGGGGCUUUUCUGGAAAUGCGACCCGCACAGAAAGGGGCAUCAAGUUUCUCGGCAAGAGGCUGGCUCGGUUUGUUCUCUCGAUGACAUACCCUGACCAACCCUUCCUGCCCACAAUCAAGUCUGCGACCGAGAGUAUCGCUGGGGCUUUCAAGCCAGAGUCGGGAGAUAAGGCAGACAAGGGUGACAAGCCAGCGCAUAGGCACAGCACGAUACACCAGCCAAAACACCACAACCCACACCGAGCUUUUCAAAUCACGAGCAUCAGCUUUGUCGGACACUCCCUCGGUGGAUUGGUGCAGACAUAUGCCAUAGCGUACAUACAAAAGCACUCACCACAGUUCUUUGACCUUAUCAGGCCGAUCAACUUCAUUGCGAUGGCCUCGCCGUUAUUAGGACUCAGCAAUGAGAAUCCCAUGUACGUCAAGUUUGCUCUAGACUUUGGACUAGUUGGCAGGACGGGACAGGAUCUUGGCCUCACAUGGAGGGCGCCCACCAUUGCUAGGAGUGGCUGGGGUGCUAUUGUAAGCACGCUGGGCGAGAGCGCGCACAAGAAGGUCAUGGGAGAGGUUCAGCCAGAGUCCAAGCCUCUACUGCGGAUAUUACCGACCGGACCCGCCCAUGUGGCACUCAAAAAGUUCAGGAAUCGAACCGUAUACUCAAAUGUGGUCAAUGAUGGCAUAGUGCCUCUACGCACAAGCUGUCUGCUGUUCCUGGAUUGGCAAGGCCUUGGCCGUGUAGAAAAGGCUCGAAGAGAGGCUGGACUGGUAGAGUCUGUCCUUGGCUUUGGAUGGGCCGAACUUACAGGUGCAAACGUAACCUCACCGCGGAGAGGCCCCUGGUCACCAUCGGCUGGGGAGUUGACGGUUCCUCAACAGGAUGUUCCGCCGCCGCCAUCAAAUAUAUCAUCUGAGCCGGGUACGCCGCCAGAGCACGCCCGAGAAGUGCCACAGCCAGCGGAAGAUGCCACUGCCGAAGACGAUAGGCGCAGUCUCAACCUUUCGAGCCCAGUUCAGGAGCAUCCACCACCUCUUCCAACGUCUCACACCACUAACAACGAUGGUCCGUUGAGCGGCUUUUUGAACUUUUUCAAGUCCAACAAAGAACCACAACCACCCCCGGCAUCGAAACCCUUAAAAGCCAAUUCGUCAAAGGAUACCAAAGUUCUCAAGCGAAGCCAAACCCUGAAGCUGCUGGAGAAUGAAUCAGCAAGUUCCAGCACCUCGAAGGUAUCGACUGGCCAUGAAUUGGAAGGCAACGAACAAAGCAAUGUGUCUGCGCCUCCCAAAACGAGCUUUUUCGAGUCAGCUGGAGAUAUACUAAAUCCCAAGAUUCCGCCAAUGGAGUUCCUCAUUGAUCCGUCAAAACGCCCUCGAACAAUCUUUCAUGAUCGUGUCUAUCAUCCCCAAGACAUACCGUCUCCGCCACUCAAGAAGCGUCCGACUGGAACGCUCUCAAUGCGCAGAAAGUCUGGUCAACGCACCCCAUCGUCGACUCCCAAGGCCAAAUCGAUAGAGCGGAAUGACAGUUCUGCCUCUUCCCCUUAUUUGACUCCCACUCCUAGUGUCGCCCAUCAGGAUUCUGCCCUGUCAACGCAAGACUAUGACGAUCUGCUGCACACGAGCCCUGAUCAUGAUCCCAAUCAGGUCAUUGAUAGUUCCAACAUGAGUGUCGAGGAAAAGAUUGCACGUGCUUAUCACAAGGGUCUGAGCUGGCGCAAAGUGCUCGUCAAGUUGGAGCCGGACGCCCACAAUAACAUUAUUGUGCGACGCAUGUUUGCGAAUGCUCAUGGCUGGCCGGUAGUGAAGCAUCUUGUCGACGCGCAUUUCAGCGACGCGGCCGCUGCCAGGAUCCCGGAUCAAAAAGAAGAGAACAAGGAGCGUGCCAAACCAAUGAGUCAGAACCCCGACACGACUGGCGCUGAAACGACAACACAGGACCAGCCACAAGAUCAGCCCAAAUCUGACACUGCCAUCGAAAAUGGCAAUCCAGAGAGCAAAGCCACCUCCCAGAAUGAGGGAGCAGAUCUUCAGAAGGUGUCCUCACCAGAGCGACCGCCUGCGACAGCUCACACACUGUCCGAAAGCCGUGAGGCAGAAGAUGCCGUACCAGAUCUGCCGAAUCCAAGUGCUUCAAUGCACAGUUCUGCAUCUUAUGACCACCUGUCCCCCUCCAAUGCCGCUUCUCGUCCAAGUCUCGAUAGGCUCGACUCCGUGACCUGGAGUGAAAGAGAUUGGGCAGACAGCGGGGAUGAGAGCGAAGAUAUGGACCAGCACCUUGCUUACGGCGGCAAGAAGGCUACAAAUGAGGAGAAGAACAAGUCUAUUGAGAGAACGGGCAGUCCGGUCUGGAAUUGGACCGAGAAGAUCGUGGGCAAAAGUGGAAAUAAGGGCAAGCAAAACCCAGCCCAAUCAGACCCCCCGAGUCCUAAUGAGGGUGAUCAGACGCCGCGGCCAUGA